UCCAUUGCACAAUUUUUUAAUAUUACAAAAAUCCAAAAACAAACAAAACUAUUUAUAAAUAUCGAAUUGACAUCAACAGAACUAAUGAAAGCCAAAUUGGAAGACCUAAUUGAAAUGCAACAAUACAUUACUUUUGAGGUAUACAAAGAAACAAAAGAAGAAAACCAAUAUACAGCUAUAUAUGAUAUUCAAUCUGAAGACCAAAAUGAUAAAAUAGAAAAGGUGAAUAAUAAUACAGUAGAUAGAGAAAACUAUACAGUAAUUAAAAAGCCAAGAAUCACAAAUAUAGAAGUUACAAAAGAAGACAUUUCAGAAGACCUAAAAUUUGAUAUCUGGGAGCAGUUAGAAGUUUUUUUACAGAAUAUGGAGCAUGAAAUGGAUUCAGCAUUAAUAAAUAUAGGAUGUAAAACUAGUAAAAUUCAAAAAAGAACUUUUAUUUGUGAGUUUGGUGGAAAAUACAAAGCAAAAAAAGAUCUAAUUACAAUACAAAAAGGAACACAGCAUAAUACAAAGACAAAAAAAUUAGAAUGUUUAUAG